AAUUAUAAUUAAUUGAUAUAUUCAUUGCAUAUUUAUCUACAAGUGCAUGAACAAAAGAAAAGAUUGAUUACAGUGGUAUUUAAUACCUGAUAAUACUUUUAAUAAUUUACAACGGGAAUCUCAAAUAAGUUAUAUUGUAUUAAAUGAAGGCAUUAUUAAAAAUGACGGCCGAACGUUCGCUGCUAUUAAUGUCCUCUUCGCGAGUUUUUGGAUAUGGUUUUUUGGAGCAUACCAAAGAAGAUAUAACGAAAUUUUUAAACAAAAAAAGUGUUACAAAAAUAUUAUUUGUACCUUAUGCUUUGCCAGACCAUGAUGCCUACACAGAUGUGGUUAGAAAUGCCUUAUCACCUUGGGGCUAUGAAGUGGAAAGCAUACACACCAAACCCAAUGCAAUUGAAGCUGUGGCCUCAGCUCAAGCUAUAUUUGUGGGCGGUGGAAAUUCAUUUGUUUUAUUAAAAACUCUAUACGAUCUAAAUCUUGUAGAAGCUAUAAGAGAACAAACUUUAAAUAAAGGCACUCCAUAUAUGGGAAGUAGUGCAGGCACUAAUGUUGCUACACGUUCAAUAAAUACCACAAACGAUAUGCCUAUGGCUUAUCCUCCCACAUUUGAGGCUUUGAAUUUAGUACCUUUUAAUAUAAAUCCCCAUUAUUUGGAAACUGAUCCAAAUACUGAACAUAAAGGUGAGACCAGAGAUCAACGUUUGGAGGAAUUUUUACUUAUUCAUAAAAGGCCGGUAUUGGGUUUACGUGAGGGUACUGCUGUUCUAGUAGAAGGUGAUAAAGCCACAUUGAUUGGUGACAGAAGAGCGAAAUUGUUUAGACCUAACUUGGAACCAAUUGAAUUUGAACCCAACUCAGACUUAAGUUUUUUAUUAAAUGAUGUGUAAAUAUUUAAACACCAAUACUAGAGAGUAUGUUCCAAAUAUUACAAAUAAACAACAAUGAUUAUGAUCCUUAAAUGAUUUGUAAAUAUUUAAGCAUCAAUAUUAAAGUAUUUUUUCCAAAUAUAACAAAUAAACAACAAGAUUUUUAAAUCGAUGAAAUGGAACAUAUCAUAUCAUAUCGAUAUUUAAAAAAAAUUCUUACAAAAAAUAUUUAAAAUAACUUGACUUUUUAUAAAAUUUAUUAAAAUUUUCUUACCUUAAA